UCGACUCCUCCGUCUCGAUCCAAGUAGUAAAGCUCGAUAGACAGACGAUAGGGGGAGCUCAAAAUGGCGAUACGGAGGAGGUCUCCCCUCGCCGCCGCCAUCGCGGUCACGCUUGCCGUCAUGUCGAUCGCCUCCGCUGAGGUCUACUUCGAGGAGCGAUUCGGAGAUGGAUGGGAGAAUCGGUGGGUCAAAUCUGAUUGGAAGAAGGAUGAGAAUAUGGUUGGCGACUGGAACCAUACCGCUGGCAAAUGGACUGGUGAUCCCGAAGAUAAAGGCAUCCAGACCACUGAAGACUACAGAUUCUAUGCUAUUUCAGCUGAGUUUCCUGAGUUCAGCAACAAGGAUAAGACAUUAGUCUUGCAAUUCUCAGUUAAACAUGAACAGAAACUUGACUGCGGAGGUGGCUACAUUAAGCUGCUAAGUGGUGAAAUUGAUCAGAAGAAAUUUGGUGGAGAGACCCCCUAUAGUAUCAUGUUUGGGCCUGAUAUCUGUGGGUUCAGCACCAAAAAGGUUCAUGCUAUCUUCACACGUGAUGGAAAGAACCACUUGAUCAAGAAAGAAGUUACUUGCGAGACUGACCAGCUAACUCAUGUUUACACUUUCGUUGUCCGCCCUGAUGCUACGUAUACUAUUCUUAUCGAUAACAAUGAGAAGCAAACGGGUAGCCUAUAUAAUGAUUGGGAUAUCCUUCCCCCAAAGCAAAUUAAGGAUCCUGAUGCAAAGAAGCCAGAAGAUUGGGAUGACAAGGAAUACAUCCCUGAUCCCGAGGACAAGAAACCAGAGGGGUAUGAUGACAUUCCUAAGGAGAUCCCUGAUCCUCAUGCGACAAAGCCAGAAGAUUGGGAUGAAGAAGAAGAUGGCGAAUGGACAGCCCCAACCAUUCCAAACCCUGAAUAUAAGGGACCCUGGAAGCAAAAGAAAAUCAAGAAUCCUAAUUACAAGGGGAAGUGGAAAGCACCAAUGAUUGACAAUCCAGAUUUCAAGGACGAUCCCUACAUUUAUGCUUACCCCAACUUGAGAUAUGUAGGCAUUGAGUUGUGGCAGGUCAAAGCUGGGUCACUAUUUGACAAUAUUUUGGUCUGUGAUGACCCUGAGUAUGCUAAGAAAAUUGCCGAAGAAACAUGGGGCAAGCUUAAGGAUGCUGAAAAGGCUGCAUUUGAUGAGGCUGAGAAAAAGAAAGAAGAAGAGGAAGCCAAGGAUGAUGAAUCAGAUUUAGAUAACGAAGAUGAGGAUGAUGCAGAAGAUGCUGAUUCAAAGUCUGAUUCAGAUGCAGAAGAGGACAAUGAAACUCCCCAUGAUGAGCUUUAGAGGAAGAAGCUGACAGAGUCUGCUACAAUUUUCGCCAGCAGUCUACAGACAAAUUGAUGGCUUAGUCCUUGAAGAGAACAAUUUGAGCACACAGCAGCAUGGUUGCUUCUGUCACUAUGUUUCUGGACCUCAACUUUUAGCUUCAUUUAGUUCUUCAGGAUGCAGUAGCUUUUAAAUGAACUAACAACAACUUUCAUUUGUCAUUUAUUUCUGGUGUUUUGAUUGUGAUA